UGGAUAGGAUGUCAGACUGGUAAAAUGGGGUUUGAGAUAGACAAAUUCAUAUUUUCCAGAACAGGAUAUUUGACCAAAUGAUUGAAAGUUGUGGGGCCACAUUCUUUCAGGAGUCUCAACGUUUUGUUCAGCUUUGGAAUUAAGUUUAUAAUUGGAAACUACAGCCUGUACUGGAAUGUGUUAGCAGCACUUAUUUUGUUAGGCUCGUUAAAUUAACGUCAACCGGGAAUGCUUUUCAGCCCAAUACAAGUUGGAUUCAGAUUUGCAGCUCGAUUAAAUCUGUUUAAGAGUAUGCAUUUUCUUCAACUGAACUCUCGGUCUGUUAGUCCACCCCGCCCCCGCAGGCAUAUCACUGCCUCAAUAGAGCCACAGUCAGUUUGGCAUAUUGGCACCGAGGACGCUGAUCGGAACGCGAUGGACUACAAUCUCCUUACAGUAUAGUCUUUAGAACAACGUCUGCCUGUAGGCUACAGCACUCGUCACAUCAUAUCCGUUGCAUUCUAAUUUAAUUUUCUUGCGGAACGACUUCAGAAUUUAAAAAUGCAGAAUGGGAGAGCCAGACAUCUCUGUGUUUAAAACUACCGGCUCCAAAUGGUUACUCCCAGUCAGCGAAUUUUUCGGAUUUCCUUUAGAUCAGGUCAAUUUCUUGGCGUGUCAAGUGUUUGCCCUCGGUGCCGCUUUCUGGUUUCGCCUCUACCUCGGCCCCCGACAUGCCAGCCCGCUGGCCCGCCACGCUGUGGCCACCCUCUUUGGGGUCUCUUUCGUUAUAUUCUGCUUUGGUUGGUAUUCAGCGCACAUCAUCGGUCUGGUGUUAAUAUGCUACUGCAUCAUGGUCAGAGCUUCCAUUCACAACAUCCACAGGUACUCCAUGAUCACAGCUAUGGGUUACCUUACAGUGUGCCAAGUUAGCAGAGUAUUUAUCUACAACUAUGGAAUACUAUCUACUGACUUCUCUGGGCCUCUGAUGAUAAUCACACAGAAGAUCACCAUGCUAGCAUUCCAGCUGCACGAUGGCAUGUCAAAAGCACCUGGGGAUCUUACAGCAGAGCAGAGGCGUUACGCUGUCAGCUCCAGACCGUCUCUGAUGGAGUACCUCAGCUACCACCUCAACUUCCUCAGUGUCCUGGUGGGGCCCUGCAGUAACUACCAGGACUAUGCAGAGUUCAUACAGGGGACGCACGUCCAACGGAGGCUCAAACGACCAUCAGCCACCAGCAAUGGACACAACGGCCUGGAUAAGACCCCAGAGCUAGACCCCUCUCCUCUGGGAGCUGUCGUCCACAAGGUGCUGGUGUGCUGUGUGUGCAUGCUGCUGUUUCUGACCCUCACCAAGGCCUUGCCCAUCUCCUACAACGUGGACAUCAUCUUCUUCAGCCAAGCACCCUUCCUCACCAGGCUGGCCUAUGCAUUCUUCUCCAUCCAAGCUGCCAGACCCAAGUUCUACUUUGCAUGGACUUUAGCUGAUGCUAUCAACAACGCCGCAGGUUACGGCUUCAGAGGCGUGGAUGAGAACGGAAAGGCAUGCUGGGACCUCGUCUCCAACCUGAAUAUCUGGGGCAUCGAGACGGCAACUAGUUUCAAGACGUUUAUAGACAACUGGAAUAUUCAGACUGGUGUUUGGCUGAAGAUGGUGUGCUAUGAUCGGGCUCCUCGUUAUGCCACGGCUCUGACCUUUGUGCUGUCGGCGUUGUGGCACGGUGUCUACCCAGGGUACUACUUCACCUUCCUGACCGCCAUCCCCAUCACCCUGGCAGCCCGUGCUGUACGUAAAACCUGCCACCAGUAUUUCCUGUCCUCCGGCGUGUUGAAAUCGUUCUAUGAUGUCAUGACGUGGGCCGCCACCCAGCUGGCAAUCUGUUACACUGUGAUGCCCUUCCUGCUACUGGCGGUGGAGCCGACCGUCCUGUACUACCGGUCAAUGUACUUCCACGUCCACAUCCUCAGCAUUCUGACGGCGUUGGUGCUGCAGCCCAAGCAGAGGGGCGCCCAGCCAGCCCACUCCAACAACAACGUGAAGGGAAACUGAAGUCCUCCGUCUCCUUUCCUCCCCCCCUCUCCACUCAGCUCUGCUCAGAGGGGGGGCCUGGCUUGGAGCGGGAGAAGCCUGCAGCACAGCUAACAAAGACGGCUCUGUGUGCCCGCAACAAAGAAGAGGUGGGGGGUUUCUCCUCCUUGGCAAUGCUCCGCUCUCCAGUAUCACCCGCUGUUCCCACCCUUACCAGGACCAUGGACUGGACUUCACCAAGUAUUAAUGAACCACAGUCUGUCCCUACCUGUACUUUCUACGUUUUUUUUUUUUUUUUUACUUGUCACACUCCUGAAAAAGACAGGCUGCUCGUUUCAGGCCAGGGGUCAGGCUCCGUACUGUUCUCUCUUGAUCUGGUAACACGUCUAGAAUGUGUGUGUGUGUUUUUCCUGUUUGUGUUUGUGUAACUUGUGACCUUGAGCUUGUUGCAGAGCCGUCUGUAGGGCGGUCGGAGUCCCAGCAGAGCUCUCAGAUGUUGUGGCUGGUCCUCACAUGUCUUGCUCAGAGAACUUGAUCCAGAGUUAACCACAGUUACUUGGUUGAUAUGGGAUGAUAUGAAGUCAGUUGAUACUGUAUUGAAACUGUGUCAAUCCUGUGUAUAAGUGCGUGUCAGAUGUGUUUUGUUCCGCUCGGAUCGUGUGCUUGAAGACUGAACUCGGACGACACACAGGACGUUCUCUGGCCUGUUCUCUCGGGUGAUGAGUUCUCUCAGAAGGAGUUAUGGUAAACACCAGACAAGCCGUAAUCCAGAUUUCCAUUCGAAAGGGCACUUUUCUUAAAGAAAGUAAUUUUUAGUGUUAUUUUAACUACUGUCAUACAAUUUUGCAACAUUUAGCAUGUACUGUAUAUCAGCUACAUCGUUGGUUUGACAUGCCUGGUUUUGUUUUCCUCUGUGUGUAUUUGAAGAUAGACAAGAUUUGACAUGUUUUUGUGUGUAGGCACACGCACGUCUGUGCCUGUUUUCUGUGUGUAGUGGUAUUAAUGAUUGACAUUGGUAGCUAUCAGCCAACAGUCAGGGCUUAGUUCUCCCACGAGGCGUGAGAGAACAGUCCGGUUUACGUAUUGGCGGCAGGGUGCAUUGUGGGAAGGCUCAGGUUCAGGUGAGGCACCAUUCCCUGUGAUAUCGGAAGUGUUGACGUGUGUUGAGGCAGGGCCGUGCUUUUAUAUCUCAGAGUGACUUCAAAGACUGUGUUGCACUACUAUACUAAUGAUGUUUUAUGACAUUAUGGAAUAAAUCUGUCUUUGAAGAUGAGCUUCAAAGCCAUUGCAUUCAUCUAUCUUCCCUAAAACUCAUAAUUCAAUUAAAAAAUGACACAUGCUUGCUGUUGGCUCCCUCAACCCUUAACCUCAGUGAUGGACCUCAACCCUUAACCUCAGUGAUGGACCAGACCUGGGAGAAAACAUUGACCUUAUCUAUUAAACCAUGAGCAUGCAGUGAAGCACAGUGAACACAAGAGAGAAACACACUGGAUAUAGCAUGAGAUGUUCUUCAUUUCAGUAUUGAUUAGAAUUUCAGUAUUUAAGUUACAAUAGUUCCAUGUGUCCGUUUCUUUUUUUACACAAAUAUUUACCCUAAUAUACAGAUGAGGGUCACCUUCAUGAUCUUGCAUGUGUGUAUAUAGUUGGACUGGGACCAGUGAGAAGAGGGUGUGGCUCCUGCUGCACCGAGUAGUUGGGGGGGGGGGGGGG